CACUCCAAGACCUCUGCUUGAGCUUACCCUGACGACACGUGAGGGCUCUAUCAACGAGAUUGGCCACCGAAUGCAGAGCCUCUCGACAUCUUAGGCCCUGCACAAGCUUCUUCAAAACUUUGAAAUUCCUUCUCCCUUCCCAAGCUUCACACACUUUCAGUGCUGAGGACGGAGGUUUCUGCACGAAAACUUAACGAUAAACUGGAAAGGCCAUAAAUCUUGAUCAUGCCCUGGCCAACAAUUCCUUGAGGAGGACCUGCCACGAUAUUAAAUUAGGAGGUUUUUAGCUUAUGAUUUGAUACUUUGCCAUUUAUUCUCCGCGGCGCACGGGUUAAUGACGCUGUUGGUCCAAGUGCUUAGAAAUAUCACACGGGGGGAUCAACUGCUGCCGGGCCGCCAAAUGGUAAACCCUCGGCUCCAUCUCACGAUACCGAUAAGUUAGCCGAAAUAUUCAACAACGGUCGAGCCAUCAUUUAUGGCCUGACGCGGGAGUUGAGGAUCAUAAAACAUCACUCGAGUUGUCUGUUGUCAAAGACUUGUCUUCCCUAAGGCACUGCACACUCACGGGCGACAUCCCCACAAUCGGGGAAUCACGAUACUCGACCAAUGGGCCCACACAGGCCAUCACUUAUGACACCCUCCUGCCCCGGAACCCUCAAAAAUCAUCCAAACUAGCAUCAGUUCGCUUUCAGAAGCCGCAGAACCUGGCAUGAGAAAUCAGAAGAGCGAGAAUAGUUGGGAACCGCUCGAUGGAAUCGAACAUGCGAUGGAUAUGGUGAACAAAUGGUGGAAUACCAACAUACCAAAUAACUCCCUACCUCCAACUAUCAAUCACAUCACGAUGUGCUGGACGGGCCUGGCUUAUCCCUUACCCCGGCGAAUCAUCGGUACCGGUGCCUACAACCUUGCACAUUCGCGGACAAACCCCCUACGAGCACACUCUACCUUCCGGAUGGAAAAGUAACUAGAUACCGGUGCCUUAUCGACUACUAACCUACUAACCAACUAUUGAUUGGACCUUACCGUGAGCAAACGGCGUACUCGCACAAUCGCGGAAAACCUAAAUACAUGGCCCUACUGACCGGCCUGCGGGCUAGGGUUGCUAAGAUUCGACCAACUGGCGCUAGUAGUGACCGUGUGCUCGCACGGGGUGUAUUUUCGGUAUUCCAUGAUUGUGCAGAUUCAUCGUCUGGCAGAUUUACAUGCCGUGAUGAAAGUUUAUCCAUACGAGUAUCAUUACAAUCCCGUUCUACAGUAAUUAUUCUAUUUUUUUUUUCUUUUUCACUUCCGACAGAGGUCCGGAUGGUAGGGUAUGGUUUGAUGUUUGUGAAGGGGGUGACGCAUCAUACGUCGGGACCGGAAAAGCGAAGAGGUGUGGAAUCGUCAGGAGGUAAUUUUCGGGUGGGAUAUCAUGAAGUCGAUACCCGUGCUGGGGGCUCAUGGAAUACCGGUAGGGGUUUAUCUCGAGCCUGGUUGUCACGUUUGGUGCUGCAGGUUUCAGUGGUAUGAUACCAAUGUCGAUAAUAAUAGAACCUUGAAGCAACAUCUAUGAAAAAGAUCUCAUGGACUAGCGACUAAGGUGGGGGGAGCCAGAUAGCGCAGCAGUAGUUGGAACUUGGGCGCUGUGUAGGAAAGGUAGGGGGGGUACUGUACGAUACAGUACUCGUAUGAUAUGGUCAAAAACUUAGUCCUCCUCUUCCCCCACACUUCCACAUCGCCUAAACUAAACCAGCUGUAGAGGCCGACGUAGAUGUAUAAAUAAAAUAUAAUCAAAGCAU